AUGCUGCCCUCUUCUGCCAACCCCAAACACGGCCAGUCCCCGGACGGCCCAGCCCAAACUGCGGAGGAGCUGCCCGGCGGCGCCCUGCAGGCCACUGUUCCCCCUCAGGACGCCGCCCAAGCUCCCGUGCCCGUCCCCGCUGCCGCCCCCGCGCCCACGCCCGCCGCACCCGUGCUCUCCGCGCCGCCCGCGGCCCCACCUGCGCCGGCGCCGACGGACGCGCCGCGGCCCUCCACGCUGCCGCCGCCGCCCGCGCGGCGCCUGAUCAACCUGGCGGCGCUCUCGGACGGCGCCGCCGUGGUCGCGGCAAACCCUGAGGCCAAGCGCCCCGAGCGCUGCAUCGACGGCGACCCGGACUCAUUCAUGAAGAACGACUGUGCGGCCGCGAAGUGGCUGGUUAUCGAGCUGUCGCAGCUGGGCACUGUGGAGCGCCUCAAGGUGGCCAUGAAGGAGCUGUACAGCGGCCGCCUGCAGUCCUUCCGCGUCUUCGGCCGCCAGACCCACCCCCGCCGCGACGGGCCGGACAUCGCCGCGGGCGCGGCCAGCCGCGACGGCUGGCGGCCGCUCGGCGAGUUCACGGCGGAGAACCGCCGCGGGUCGCACUCGUUCGCGCUGCCGGCGCGGGGGGAGCGGGUGCGGUACAUCCUUCUGUCCCUUGACACGCACUACGGGUCGGAAGCCAUGUGUGCGCUUAACUCAGUUGAGGUUUUCGGGGUCAGCGCGGCGCAGGAGCUGGAGGAGGCACUGCUGCUGCAGGAGGAGGGCGCUGACGAGGACGCAGGCACGGGCGAGGGCGCGGGGAGGGAGCCGCACGCGCGGCGCGGGGAGGAGGAGCGGCGAGACGAGGAGGAGGAGCAGCAGCAGCAGCAGCAGCAGCAGCAGCAGCAGCAGCAGAAGGAGCAGCAGCUUGAACAGGGCGGCGGCGGCAGCGGCUCAGGCGAGGGCGAGGGCGACGGCCUGCAAGAGGAGGCUGAGGAGGUGAGGGGCCCUGCACAGGCAAAGGCGGAGGCAGGCGGGGCCAACAGGACCGUGGCGGGCGGUGGCGGGGAUGGUAAGGAGGGCGGUAGGCAGCAGCAGGACUCAGACGCGCAGCAGCAAGAGCAGCACACUCUUGGCGUCACAAACGCUGCCGACGGGGCGGCGCAGCAGCCGUUGGAGCAGCAGCGACAAGGCGAGCAGCAGCAGGAGCAGCAGGAGCAGCAGCAGCAGCAGCAGGAUGCGCGCAGGGCUGGCGAACAGCAAGACAGUGGCCCCGGCCAGCAACUUGCAGAGGCAGGUGCAGGCGAGGGGCGCCAGUGGGACGGCGGCGCGGGCUCUGCGGGCGGCUACGGCAGCCGGGACACGCAGCAGGCGCCGGCAGCACUCGUGCAGCCGCCCGCCCACAACAAGCAGCAGCAACAACAGCAGCAGCAGCAGCAGCAGCAGCAGCAGGCGGAAGAGGUCAAGCCAAACGCGCCAGUGCUGCAAGAGCAAGAGCCGGGCAGCGACCAAGGGAAGGACCCGGCGACGGCGGCUAGGGGUGCGCCGCAGCCCAACGGCGCCCGCGAGCCCAAGGGUCCGGCGGCGGCCACGGCAGGCGGGGGCGAGGCGAGGCCAGACCAGGUAGCCACCCAGCAAGACGCCCCGGCGGCCCCACCCGCGCCUGCCAACGCGAGCGGCGGCGCCGCGGGCGCCGUCCCGCUGUCGGACGCCGCUGUGGUCGCCGCGCACCAAAAGGCGCUCGCCGGCGCCGCCGCCGACGGCGCCGCGGCCGCGGCCGUCCUCUCCGCGACGGCCAGCAGCAAGCCCAAGCUGUCGGGCAACCUGCGGAGCAGCUGA